AUGUCAACUUAUAUCAAAGGUCCAAUAUGCGGUGUUGAUAAUUGUAGAAGCAGAUUAUGGCGUAUAAUUAAUGGUAGAAGAACAUGUCAGUAUGGACAUGUUAUGGAAGGUGAUGUGGAGUUCAACGACGAUGAGGACGAUAUCAACGCUAUGGGUGUAGUGACCAGAAGAUUGAAUCUAACCACCAAUGCGACUGGUAAUUUUCAGUCUAGUUUUAGCAUUUCACAAUCACAAAGGUCUGCCUUAGAGGCUAAUAAGACGGAAAAGACAUACGGCAGAGAGGGGCAGGUACUCUUCAUCAAAAGUUUUCAGUACAUCUUGAAGCGUCAAACUGACUGGUUAAUCAGUCAUGAAAGCUUUCCUGACUCAUACUCUGAUUUGGUGAAACUUAUAUGGGCUAUGCAUUUGGAGCAUGCUGACUCUAUCUUAUAUCCACAUGAUAGUGGUGCAGAUUCUAGCAGGAAUCCUAACGCUGGGCUUAAUCAUACAGACAGCCAAUAUAGUAGUGGAGGGCGCAGAGAAAAUGGUGUAAAUAAGCUAAAGCUAUCGAUGGUAUCUACCAUAUCAAUUCAUUAUCUAGCGUGUUUGCAUCUAGGCUUGCCGGUUUUUUCAAAUGAUAUACUACGAUGGAUAUGCGUAGACGGAUUACCAUACUUCAGGUCACAUCAUUUGCUUCCGAAGGAGUGGCAAGAAAGGCUUCCUAACUAUUAUUUACAAAUACUCGAUGGUGGGAAACCACCUCACGAGAUGCAGCUUCAGCAUAAAAUUGCCCAGUGUGCCGAAUUAAUAGAAUUCAAAACGCAUUUCCGGUAUACAUUGACUGCUCCAGUGUUACUUCUAAAGCUUACAUUACUAGAGAGAAUACCCGGUGAGUUUUACUUCUUCGCGAGAGAACUGUUGAGACUUGUAAAUGACACAGAAGAAUUGCCAAUAUUAACGUACGAGGAUAACCAUUACAGGAAGCCGCAUCAGUAUCCAGAAAUCGGGAUCUGUGCCGCCUUUAUUGCUUGCAUAAAGAUAAAACUACUACAAGAUGAACAAUUACCGAACGCUAAAUAUAAUUCCAAAUUUGCGGAAACAUGGCUUCGCAUGUCAAAGCUGGUCGAAGACGAUCCAAGAGAAAAAUUCUCUAAAGCGAACCUGAUACUUAAAAUGACAUACAAACCUGCCACAGCUUUGCUGGAGGAACCACAAGAACAGCUAUCAAGCAUUGCCACUGAGGCAUACCUAGACUGGAUUGAAAAGAAUUUACUUCCAACGGAACAAUCCCACCUAGAAUCUACACAAACUCUAGAUGAUAAAAUUGCAAAACGGAAAUUACACAACAUUGUACCAUUAAAAAAACCGUCAUCGUCUGAAAAUAUUUCACCAACUUUUUCAUCGACACUAAUAGACGAUAUCCAGUCACGGUUCUUAGAGUUCUCAUCUCUCUAUGAUCAAAAUACUGGUGACAAUACCACAUCCGUUCAUCGCAUGGUCGAUACACUUAUUGAACAUAUCUCUCUAAGUUUCGGCCUCAGUAGUGACCAAUUGAGAGAAGCGAUAGAGCACGUGAUUAAUACCGCAUGUUCGUCGUUAGACGCAUGA